CCUCGUAGAUAAGGCCAAUACGAUUUUGGGGACCCAAAGCUUUCUUCCAUCCGUUAAUAUAACGGGCAGGUCGGCGAUACCAUCACUCCAAAAGCGAGUGACGCCCCCCACCAACCAGCCAUGUCCACCUCAGCAGCUCGCCGACUCCACCUUGCCCUCUGCCUCCUCAUCCUCUUCUUCGCCGCCGUCGACGCCACCGACCACAUCGUCGGCGCCAACCGCGGCUGGAAUCCCGGCAUGAACUACACCCUCUGGGCCAACAACCACACCUUCUACGUCGGCGACCUCAUCUCGUUUAGGUACCAGAAGAUGCAGUACAACGUGUACGAAGUGAACCAGACCGGGUACGACAACUGCACAACCGACGGAGCAGUGGGGAACUGGAGCAGCGGCAAGGACUUCAUUCCGCUGGACAAGGCCAAGAGGUACUACUUCAUUUGCCCGGCCGGCUGCUACAAUGGAAUGAAGGUUUCCGUGCUGGUUCACCAGCUUCAUACUCCGCCGCAGUCCGCCGCAGAGCACUCAUCGGAGCAUUCCGCCGCUGGGCCGGGGGGACAUCCGGCGGUUCUGGAGGUGGUUGUGGCCGUGUUCUCGUCAAUCUGGUUCGGAUCUGGGUGGAUGUAGCCGGGGGGGGGGGGGGGGGGGGAGGGAAAGUGGUUGCUUCUUCAGCCCUGUAGACACAGCCCUCAAUCAUUGAGAUGCAUUAAUUAUUAUCUGAGAAAAGAAAAGAAAAGAAAAGAAAAAAAACAAGCAAAUUUUCUUUUACCUUUUUAGCCUUAAUUCCACCUUUGCUUGGCUUUGUUUUGUUUUGUUUUGUUUGUGGGUUGUGGCAAUGUCUGUCCUUGGAGAGCUUGAUUUAUUGAUUGACGAAGGAUUAUUAAUUAAAUUGGUUUCCUUUUAUAAAUGUGUUAUUUAUUUUUAUAUAAUACCAUAAUAAUAAUUUA